UGGAUGCAUGCCCCUGGAGAUUUUUGCGUUUCUGGCUCUGGUUCCACCAGCCUCCUGUGUUCCGUGUCCAGCCGUUGUGGCUCAUGUGGGCCAACGAUCACACGACCAAGAGAUCGUCUUCGCAAACUUAAGUUUCUGGUUGCGAGCACAUGACGGUGUAGGAUUUGAGUUUGCGUGGACUCCCUCGCCCAGUGGAUUUUCAUAUCGUAGUGUGAAAUCCUGGAGGUGGGGUGUGAGAUAUUUGGCGAAGUUGAAGUGGUCGCUGAUGACCUUGGGUGAGAGUCUGCAUUACUAGGAGGGUCGUUGCAGAGCUGAUUGGUUUUCCCGCUGAAGAUUUCCGUGUUGUUUCUAGGUUUUGGGAGGAAAUUGGGUUCGGGUACAGAGUGUAGGAAUUUUUUUGGGAGUCUGAGGGGGUGGGUACAUUGUGACUGCGGUGAGUUGUGAGUGAGAGAAGGGAGAAGUUCUCUCACAAAUACUCACACGCGUAGUUAAGUGAAGAGAUCAGGAUGUCGGACGCUGUCGCGAAAGACUUGACGGCCGGUACAUUUGCUGGUGUGGCUCAGUUGUUGGUUGGGCAUCCGUUUGAUACCAUUAAGGUGAAGCUACAGUCACAGCCAGUGCCGCUGCCUGGACAGCCGCCUAAGUACAGCGGUGCCAUCGAUGCAGUGAAGCAGACUUUAGCGUCUGAGGGCCCCAAGGGAUUGUACAAGGGAAUGGGAGCCCCUCUCGCAACUGUUGCUGUUUUUAAUGCAGUCCUGUUCACGGCCAGAGGACAGAUGGAGGCACUUCUCCGUGAAUCCCCCGGUGCUCCUCUCACUGUGACCCAGCAGAUGAUCGCUGGCGCUGGAGCCGGAGUAGCGUGCUCAAUGGUGGCUUGCCCAACUGAGCUUGUGAAGUGUCGUCUUCAAGCUCAAAGUGCACUUGCCACCACUGUGGAGGCUCCUGUUCUUGCAGGAGUUGCCGGAGUUACUGGGGCCUCAGUUGGUACUACUGCCGUGAAGGCUGUACAGUACAGUGGCCCUUUCGACGUUGCAAAACAUGUAUUGAAGUCCGAAGGUGGAGUUUUUGGAUUAUACAAGGGACUUACUCCCACCCUCAUGCGUGAGGUGCCCGGUAAUGCGGCUAUGUUCGGUACUUAUGAAGCCACCAAACAGUAUCUCGCAGGAGGCCAGGACACCUCAAAACUUGGUCGAGGAUCAAUGCUCUUAGCUGGUGGUGUUGCUGGAGCGAUGUUCUGGGUGUCUGUCUACCCUACAGACGUGAUCAAGAGUGUUAUUCAGAUUGAUGAUCACCGGAACCCCAAGUACUCUGGCACUAUGGAUGCAUUCAGAAAGAUUUUUGCUACAGAAGGGGUGAAGGGCUUGUAUAGAGGCUUCGGUCCUGCAAUGGCACGUAGUGUUCCUGCCAACGCGGCUUGUUUUCUGGCCUAUGAGUUGGUGAGAGAAGCCCUUGGCUGAGCUUCUUAGUCAUCUUCUUCUGAUCAUUGGGAAGCCUGCCUGAGCUUUACUGACCCACAAUUACACACCAUAUUCUUUGCUGGUUUUCAUUGCGUAGUUCAGGGGGUGGUACUGUUUCCUCACUGGCCAGCACUCAAUAUUCAGUAUCUUAAAAUAGAAAUACCUAGACUAAUGUCUUUGUAACAAACUGGUUCAAUUUCACCUGAUCAUCUUCCACCUUUUAGCUUCGAAACUGAAGCUUCUGUCCGGCCUGUGUGUGUGGUCCAUUCAUCAGACUGGGGUUAGAGAGGAUUGACCUCGAUGAGUUUGUGGGUUGGCUAAAACCCACACUGUUUGUAUAUAAAUGCAGUUUCUGUAUGUGCUUAGAGAACUUGUUUA